CGGCGGUCUUCUUGCCUUCUUGUCCUCAAUACAUGGCGUCGUCCUCAGCAGGCUCUGCGGCACUGGUGCUGGCCGCUUCGGCCGCGGGUUCGUCCGGCUGGCUACGCGUCUGACUCGCACGCGCAUUCACCACCGCUCUCGCGUUUUUCUGGCGACGAAACUCCACAUGCCGGUCUUCGUUCGUCGAAAUGCUCUUCCUCGCACGCUUGGCCUCGCGCUCCUGGAACCCGUGCUCGCGCGCUCUCUUCUGCGACCUCAACCGCGACGUCAUCGACUCGACCCCGACGUCCCAAUCACCCUUGUCGACGAGCAUCUUGCCUUCCGGCACUUCGAAUGACUGGAUCUGGCUGUCCGCAACGCCGAAGUCCCAAACCGAGGCGAUCUUGCCUUCGGCAUAGUGCCAACCGUCUUCCGCGGCACUGUCGGGCCAGCCCCACUUGAAUCCGUUUGGGCAACGCUCGUUCAUGUCGUCGGCCCAGUCCAUGUAGUGAACGGGCAUAUUCGGGAUACGUUCCUUAUUCGUCUUCGGGUGGUUGCCAAACUGAUUAUAAACGACGUAGACUUGCACAAGGCUCGCUGGGAGAGCUCGAUCGAAAUCGUUGGCGUCCGUAUAGAUGAACAUGCCGGGGUCCUGACGAAGGAGGAUAUCACGGUACGUGUUGUUGAACUCGCGAUACUCGCGGCUGAUUUGGUUCGAUGGGCGCGUUGCGCCGUAGGACGACGGAUCGUGGAAUGGAUUCUCGUUGUUGUAAGGCAUGACGGGGGGGAACAACCAGUGUUGGGGCACAUGGCUCCGACGUGGAGUGUGGCCCCAUUUGCCGAGACCUCGGCGUCAUUUUGCGGUGGUAUUCCUCGCCCGACGGUGAGCUGAUUUACAUCAGAUAUGCCUAGGACCUCAAAGUACUCUUUCAUGGCGUUCAAAUGGCUCGCCUGCUGAGCACGUUUCCGGCUUCCCGAAUGGCUCAGAAUUCGAUCCACAGCCCACUCUUGAGCGCUGGCAUCGGAGGUAAUAUUGAGCUGACUUUCCAGGCGACCUGGGAAGCGACGAUCAUCAUUUGGGACAUGUGCACGCAGCAGGGAGGCAUGGAAGACGUCAUGCACUCCACGUCGCUUCAGCUCUGGAGAUAAGGGCCAAUAUACUUCGGGAUCAGCUUUCGAGCCAAUCCCUUUUCGAACUUGAUGUUCUUCGUGGAUAGGUAAAUCAAGUCCCCUUGUGCGAACGGUUCAGGCUGACGCUUCCUAUUGGCAUUUCGAGUCUGCUUGACGCGUGCGGCGAUGAUUGCGUCAUGUGCCGCCAUCACAGCGAGGCGUCGUUGGAGCGCGAAAUUUGCAAUUCCCGGAUAUUCGCGAGUGCGAUCCGAAUCCCAGAUCAGUGAUCGGGGCAUCAUGCCCGUGUUCAGAAAGAAAGCAGGGAGUUUGGCCACCCAAUCUCUCUGUUUCUCGCCGAUGCACUGGCGAAGCAUUUGCGUCACGGUACGAUUUGCGCGCUCUGUUGAUCCAUCAGACUCUGGGUGAUACGCACUGGACAUGCGCAUCUGCGUCCCAAUGAGCUCGUUCAGUCGGCGCCAAAAGGUACUGGUGAAUAGAACGUCUCUAUCACUGACAAUUGAAUUAGGUAAUCCGUGCAAUUUGUACACCUGCUCAAACAUCAACUCCGCUAUCUGGCGAGCGGUGUAGUUGAUUCGGCUGGGGAUACAAUGAACCAUUCCGAUUCGGGGAGUGGCCCAACAAAAUCAACUCCGAUGGCUUCCCAGGGACGACUCGGUGGAGACUGCGAGUGUAAGAGCCCAUAUGGCUUUUGAUUGCUUGGUUUACUACGCUUGCAUGUAGUACAAGUCUCACAAUAUGUACGGACAUCGUCAACAAUGUCCUUCCACCAUACAUAUUCUCGUAGAUAUUCAAGAGUCUUUCGUGAUCCCAG